GCAAUUUUUUUGGCACGUCAUAGCCGCGUCAUCAUGUCUCCGUGUCUGCUUUUAUCGCUUGGGAUUUAAUUUAUUCGGCAUUAUCACAUCUUAUCGAAACGUUUUUAUGUGGACUGUAAAGUUAAGACUGUAAAGAAAAUAAAAUUUAAAAUGGAGUUGUUAAGGCAGGUGUCCCAUACACAGUUUCUGUUCCCUGCAGCAGCUGUGGCGGUUGUUUUAGUGUGUGCUGCACUCGUAUUUAUAUUCGGUUUCCAUACGGCCGAGCAGCCACAAUUCGACAAGUUACCGCUGGUUGUCGAUGAUAGGAAGUCGUCAAACAAGAAGAGGAAAACCAAGGAAAAGAAAGCUUCCCCGAACCGCUCGUCUACUGAUGACUCUAAAUCUAAAAGUGAACCUGCUAAGAAAUCUCCAGCAAAGGAGAAAAAGGAAGAGAAAAUAAAAGAUGUUGAAAAGCCCAAGCCUAAAGAGAAGGUUGAAGUUAGAGUUGUUAAGAAGGAAGCACCUGCCGAAGCUAAAAAGGGGAAGAAAAAAGCCACAGUUGAGUCAGAGAAGCCUGCAGACUUUGAUGAUGGCCUGUGGGAGGAGGUGCCUAAAAAAAGCGAUAAGAAGAAAGUGAAGGGCCCUGAGGAGAAAGAAAAGAAAGAAAGUCCAACUAAGAAGAAUAAGAAGAAAGUGAAAGAAGUUGAUGUAGAAUUAGCCCAGCCUGAACUUAAGGAACCGGUUGUAGAGACCAUUAGGGUGUUGAGUGCAGAGGGCCCAGAAGUUGAUGAGGAUUCUGCUAGAGCUUUGCAGGCUCAGGUUGAAGAACUACAGAGAGUCCUUAAGGAGGCUGAACUCCGUGACCAGGGCCUGCUGGGGACAACUGAUGAAGAUGAUGCUACAGAGAAUGAACUGACUGAAGUCAAGGAUCUCAGAAGCAACAAGAAGAUGGAAAACAAAGAGAAGCAGAUCAAAAAGAAGGCUAGUGAGGCAACAGCUGUAGCCAAAUCUGUGAAAGCAGAAGAAAAGGAUAGCCCUGAAACCUCUGAAAAAUCAGAAGACAAACCGGCUGGCCCAGUGUUUGAUGAGCUCGGAGAUACAUGGACUGAUACUAAAGUCGCUAAGAAGGGCAAAAAGAAGGCACGAAAAGAGUGAAGUGUUACAGGGAUUCUGGGUCCUGCCCUGCGCUAGCUCAAUGCUCACAUCACUCGUAAAACUACAAAAUGCGAACACAGAUGACCGAGUUGCCAAAUACCUUACUCUUUGGUCCACGCUUCAUGAAUAGUAUGAGAAUAUUUUUAACAGAAUGUAUUUUUUCAAAGUGAUUAACUAAAUAUUUCACCUGGUGGCCUUGUUUUGCGAAAUACGUCGUCUUUAACAUUAAUAAUUAUCUUUUGAGAUUUCGUAACUUCACUUUUAAUUAUAAGUAUGUGAUUUUUGUAAUUUGCAAGGAUUUAAUGCAAAUUUUCUAAAUUACGUACGCUGACGUAUGAACCUGGUGCAUAGUUAUGUGAUGGCUAUUAAAUUAGCAUAAAAUAACAUUAUAAUGGCCUUUUUGCAAUUAAACAUGCAAUAUUUAAAAGCAAUAUUGUUAAAUAAAGAUAUAUUAUGCAGUUGAUAUUUUUCUAAAUUUUUCAUGAAAAAUAUAUACAGGAAUGUUUUAAAUUUCUCACAGUAAGUCCUCAUAUCAUCUAAAUGUGUGAAACAUUACUAACAUUUAAACCAUACCGAUUAUUUAUAUGACAUGAUACUUAAAUUUUAGGGUGUCUUCUUUAGUUAUUAAAGAAAACCACUAUCAAAUAAAUAAUAUUAUUGAUUAGUUAUACGAUUGUGAAUGUGACAUUUCAAUUGUAGUUUUAAAUAUGGUGUGAAUUUGUUUAUAAUUAUUAAGUUUUGAUUCUACAUCUGUUCUUACACAUACUUUCGUCCAUGUUUUAGUUGCAUAUUUUAUGUUAUGACUUGUUUUUUCGUAAUAAUUUAAUUAUUGUUUUCAUUGAUGCAUAAUAGAAAUUGUUUUUAUAUGUUUUAAAAGAGUCAUUAUAUUUUUUACUUGGAAUCUGCAAUAUUUUUAGGUGUUACAGCUUUACAGGGUCGGUAUUGUGUGAGUACACACGAUUUUCCGAAUUAUCACGGAUAUUUAAAUGUAGGUAACAACUAUAAUAUUUGUAGGUCCUUAAUGUAGUCUUUAUGUAGUUUAUACUAAUAACUCUUCAUAAUAAUAAUAAAAUUUCUGGUGCUUGUAGUGUUAAGUGUCUUGACUCCAUUCCAUUUGUGUAUAUUUUGUCUCCUCUACUAACAUAUUUAAAAUUCCAUUAUAUUUACUUUCUAUAAUUAUAAACUAUAAUACGUCUGCCACACAAUUAUAGACGUUACGGUUUAAGGUACGAAAUUAGAAUUUGGACCAAACUAAUCAAGAAUUAUGAACACCAGUUUUAAUCCAUAAGUAAUAGAUAAAUUGAUAUUUUUUAGUCAUUGAAAAUAGAGUCCUUGAAAUAGUCACACAACUAAGUGCGGAAUUUCCGUCCAUAUUAUCUAUCUUUAAAUGUGCUGAACGUAAUUUAUAUCUAUACAAGUUCUACAAAAUCCAAUGAAAAAAAGUCCUGUAAUUUUAAAUGCUCAGAUAGUUGCAACAUUUUCAGUAUAUUAUAUAAGUAAGAUUAAUUGAAAAGACAAAAUGAGAUUAGAGUAAAAAAAUAUGUUAUUAAUAUACUUGAAUAUUGUUUAAAUAUUUGGUAUUAGAGUUUACCCUUAAGGCAAUUUCAAGAAUCUGUUUAUCGAUUUUAAUAUCGACAUGAAAAACUUCAUAUUAUUUGGGCAAGUAUUUUCGCAGGACUAAACCGUUAUUGUCGAGUGUAGCGGAACAUCGAUGUUUUAUUGCAGAUUCCUAUUUAGCGUAAUUAGAUAUAAGUAUAAUACAUUAAGUCCUCGCAGAUAUUAAAUUUGUGAAUAGUAGACCAUUUUGGAUAUCAAAACGUUCGGAAAAUAAUAUUAUUAUAAUUAAUAAUAGUUUAGGACCGAAAGCAUCGAUAAUUCAAAAAAAAAAAAAAUUAACAACCUAUCAAUAGUUUGAAUGCUUCGAAUUAUUUAAUAAGUCGUUGAAAUUAUAAUAUAACAUGGGGUACAUCGGCUGUGUAUGGUUUUACCAUUUCUAUAGUCGAAGGCAUGACAUGAUAAAUAAUUGAUUAUGUAGCGCAAUCUGAAAGAUCUUGGCCCAGUUUUUUUUUAAAUUAUUCUUUAUAGAUUUUAUACUUGGUUCUUUGUCUUGUGAUAUCGUUACGUGUCAGAGGAUAAUUUGCAAUUCAUUGCAAUAGUAAAGUAAAUGUAAGUUUUUAUUGUUAUUGCAAAAUUCCUCUGAACGCACUCUUAAGACGGUUACGUUAUGACCACUAGACAUUGUUGUUAUGUAUUUCUAUCGGGGAGUUUAUUGUACGGUAUAAAUUUGUAGAGUUUAAGAAUAUUUUCAGUUGUUUCUGUUUCUUUAAAAUUGUGCUCACAUAUUUGUUACUAAACAUUGUACUUAGGGCCUAAAUUUACAUUAAAAUGUAGGAUAGAAUGCUUGUUAAUGUAGCUUAUCUUCAUUAAUAAGUCCAUCAUAAUUGGUAAAUUAGAUUUAGAUAUAUAUUUUAUGGCUUUGUAUACAUAGUUUUGUAAAAAAAGAAUUAUUCGCGGUUCCGAUAGCCGCGUCUAAGACAGAUUUAUUAUAUCAAUAUAAAUUCACCGUAUCUUCAGAGUGUUGUCUAUAGGCUCUAAAAGUAUAAUGGAUAUGUAAUAUAAAUAUUUUUUUAAAAUCAAUAAAGAGUGAUAUUAAUA